AUGCAGCUCUUCGACGAUGCCGAUGAAGACGAUUACUACAAUCUAGGCACCUAUUGCCGUCGAAUAAACACAUCCAGCAAGGCGGCUCAGACAUGGUUCGAUCGUGGGCUUCUAUGGACCUACGGCUUCAACCAUGAAGCUGCCGUCGAAUGUUUCGAGAAAGCAAUCUCGCACGACGAUACAUGUGCAAUGGCAUAUUGGGGAUUAGCAUACGCUCUAGGACCAAAUUACAACAAGCCGUGGGAAGUCUACGAUAAGGUCGACUUGGAGAAGACGUUGAGAAGGACCCAUGAUGCGGCGGCCAAAGCAAAGCACUUUGCGAAGGACGAUAUUGAGAAAGCCUUGACCCGUGCUAUCCAGUACCGCUACUUGAAAGGUACUGCCACCGAACCGCCCCAUGAGUGGAACAAGCUCUACUGUGAUGCAAUGGAAUCAGUAUACAGAAAGUAUGGUAGUGACCUGGAUGUUGUAACCUUUUAUGCCGAUGCGCUGAUGAAUUUGACUCCCUGGAAAAUGUGGGACAUUCAUACCGGGAAACCAAACCCCAAGGCUCGCACUAUGGAAGCAAAAGCUGUCCUUGACAAAGUCUUCGAGCAGAAAGGAGGGCUUGAACAUCCGGGUUCUCUCCAUCUUUACAUUCACUUGAUGGAGAUGUCACCCAGACCGGAGCAUGCCCUCCCAGUAGCCGAUCGUCUUCGAAAUUUAUGUCCAGACAUUGGCCACCUUCAGCACAUGCCUACUCACCUCGACGUCCUCUGUGGUGACUGGAGACGUGCUAUAGCUUCAAAUUCCGAUGCCAUCGUUGCGGACAACAAGUUUGUUGCUCGAGCUGGCGCAGUCAAUUUCUACACACUCUACCGCUGUCACGACAUGCACUUCCGCCUCUACGCCGCCAUGUUCGCAGGACAGUCGAAAGUCGCAAUGCAAACCGCUGUCGAACUAACAGCCGCAGUCCCAGAAGAUCUUCUCCGGAUCGAAUCCCCACCAAUGGCAGACUGGCUCGAAGGCUUCGUCGCGAUGCAAACACAUGCUCUAAUACGCUUCGGCAAAUGGCAGCAGAUCAUCGAACUCGCACUUCCCGAGGAUCAGGAUCUCUACUGCUUCACCACAGCCAUGAUCCACUAUGCUAAGGGGGUCGCAUAUUCAGCCACGGGGAAGAUCCUAGAAGCCGAACAUGCACGCUCCGACUUCCUCGCAGCCGUACCUCGCGUCAAACACUCCCGCGCCGUCUUCAACAAUUCCUCUCACGACAUCCUCGCAAUCGCACUAUCCAUGCUCGAAGGUGAAUUCGAGUACCGCAAACAGAACUACGAAGUAGCAUUUACACACCUCCGUCACGCCGUACAUCUCGACGACUCUCUGCCAUAUUGUGAACCCUGGGGUUGGCUGCAGCCUACACGCCACGCUCUAGGCGCACUUCUACUCGAGCAGAAUCACGUCGAUGAGGCGAGUAAAGUCUACGCUGCCGAUCUAGGGCUGGAUGAUUCGCUCCCGAGACCUUUGCAGCACCCGAAUAAUGUUUGGGCUUUGCAUGGAUACCACGAAUGCCUGAGGAGGUUGGGAAGAGAAGAUGAGGCGAAGAUAAUAGGAAAGCAGUUACAGAUGGCUGUGGCGAGUGCGGAUGUUAAGGUUGGAAGCAGUUGUUUUUGUCGCGGUGUUACAAAGCAAUAG